AUGUCGUACUACCGAGAUGGAGGCCACGACGACCGCCCCGUCACUAUCAAACGUUACGUCAUUCCAUCAGACGAACGAGAAGAGCGUCGCGAGUUCUCCAUGAGUCGUGACGAUCCUUACAACGAGCGAGAGCUCGUCAUCCGUCGCAAGACCGAGUCGGACGAGCCUUUGUCCGUUCGGCGCUAUGAGCGUGAUGUUGAAUACGACCCGCCCGCUCGCCGCUACGAAUACAGCGAGAGAGACUACUAUGAGCGUGAGUACCCAGAUCCCUACACACAUCGCCACAUCUCCCGGUCCGCAGAGCUGCUUCGUGCACCGGUUCCCAACCCGGCCCCUACUAUCAUCAUUCACGAUCAGCCAAUAAUCGUUCAUUCAGCCCGCAAUGUUUACGCCAGCCCCCGCGAAUCCGAGUACGAUGUGGUCCGCCGAUCGGACGCCGAAGAGGACCCCUAUUAUUAUCAACAUCGCCGACGGGUUCGUGAAUAUGAUGACCGUCCUCGUCGAGAGUUGAGCCCCGGUGACUCGAUCUCGCAGGCAAGCCGCCGCCACAGUGACCGUGACCGUGAUUACAGUAGUGAUGACAGCAUGGUCUAUGUCCGCAAGGAAACCCGCAACUACGAAGAUGAAAAUGGUCACCACCACAAACGCCAUUUGGCAGAAGGUGCUCUUGUUGGUGCCGCCGGUGCCGAGUUCUUUCGCAGUCGCCGUAAGCGCGAUGGUGAGGAUGUUAGCCAUGGCUUGAGCCACGCCGCUAAGACGGCCGGUGCUGGUGCCCUGGGUGCUGUGGCUGUCAAUGCUGCAGGCCAUGUCCGAGAUUACUACCGAAGCAAGAGCCGCAGCCGUCAUCGUGCAAGCUCUUUCGAUGACGAUCGAUCUCACCGCUAUAGUCACCAUAGCCAUCACAGCAGCCGUGGCCGUCAUGGUCGCAGUCGCAGCCGCAGCCGUUCUCACUCUCGCUCACGGGCCAAGACCCUCAUGGAACUCGGUCUCGGUGCUGCUGCCGUUGCUGCCGGUGUCGCUGCCCUACGCAACAACAAGGCCAACAAAGAAAAAGAUGGCAGUGACCGUAAGAGUCGCUCCCGCACUCGCUCCCGCUCUCGUGGCCGCGCACUCAGCUCCACUCGCUCUGAGAAGGGAGGCGAUGACGCUCAAAGCGAGUCCAAGCGUCGCCAGCAUAUGGCCAGUGCAGGUCUCGCCGGUGCUGCGAUCGCUGGUCUGGUUGAACAUCACCGCAGCAAAUCUCGUUCACGCAAAGGAGAGCGCUCUCAGAGCCGGCUGCGAAAAGCCCUUCCUAUUCUGGCUGCCGGUGCCGGUACCGCCGCUGCGACCGGCUUCUAUGAAAAGAAGAAGGCUGAAAAGGAAGGCAAAGACCCGGUUAGCCGUGAGCGACGCCGAUCUCGCACCAGAUCCCGCAGCCGCCAUGGAUCUGAGGUCUAUCCCGACCCUUCCCGUGAUUCUGCAGGCCUGAUUGAGUAUGGAAGCAACCCGGUUGCUGGUAGCAUUCCCGCAGAGCACUACUAUGGUCAACCCGCCAGCCCUGGGGCUUACUACUCCGAUGGCCAGGACGCCUAUGGUGCUCGGCGCCACAGCCGCAGCCGCAGCCGCGGCGCAGGACGCUAUAGUUCGUCAGGCUCGGACCGGGACGACCGUCGUGGCAAGGACAAGAAGCACCGCAGUCGCUCGCGUGAAAUCGCCUCUGCAGCCCUAGGUGCAACCGGUCUCGGAUACGCCGCGCACCGAUUCAACCAACAUCGGGACCGCAAGAAUUCCGAGAAAGAGGGUAGAAGUCGCAGUCGGAGUCGGAGUCGUAGCCGCAGCCGGACGCGCCAUAACGACGACAUCCACCGUGACCCCUAUGAGGAGGCCUAUGACCCAGAGCCAUACCCGCCUGCGUCGGCUGCUCCACCCGCGGGCUACUACCCGAACAACAACUACUUUCCCCCACCCCCAGGUGGCUCGACCCCUAACCUGAACGCGACUCCCCAACCCUACAACCCGUCAGACUAUCCCCCACCUCCAGGUGCUGCGCCCCCACCCCAGCCAUACAGCUAUGGGGCCGCGGGGCCGGGUCUAGAGCGAUCCGCCCCGAUACCCAGCGGCAACGCAUCUUCUAAGUCCGUUGCCUUCAAUUUAAAGGGAUAUGAGUCGGAUGACAGCGAUUCCACAGUCAACAAUGAUUCCUAUCAUGACUCUCAUCAACGCCAUAAGUCCUCCCACUCUCGCUCCAGGUCCUCUCCAGAUGAGUCAGACUCCACAAUCGAUCUCCCCGACCGCUUCGACUCAAAAGGCCGUCUUAUCAAGGAGAAGAGUGACAGCUCGACCGAGAAACUAGAGGACUUUUUGAACAAAGUCACCAAGGUCUUGUUCUAG